AUGGGUGACAACGAAGACUUGAUUGAGGAUGACUAUGAUUCCUAUGACGAAUUAUUCGCCCAGCACUUUACGGACGAGAAACUUUCGCAACUUGAUGGAACGGAAGCUGUGCCUACCCAAGAUAAACCUCCAAUAUCCUUUCGAACGAAAAAUGGACAGAAAUCUACAAACAACGCCAAGCGCUUCAUUUUACGAUCAAAAAACUCUCAAGAUCCCAAGUUGCAAAAUGAACGGAAAGAGAAAUUACCUUGGGCACAGAGAUAUGCUCCCCAAACGCUGGAGGAACUGGCGGUUCACAAAAAAAAGGUCAGCGAUGUAGAGCAGUGGUUGAACAAUGCACUCACUGGAAAAGCUCGAAAAAAUCUACUUGUUCUCAAAGGACCUGCAGGGAGUGGGAAAACCGCGACGAUAUCCUUACUAUCGGACAAAUUGAAAUUCAAUGUAUUGGAGUGGAAACCCCCGUCAGGCUCCGAGUACGGGGGAAAGGAUUUUGUCUCUUUUGGGGCCCAGUUUGAUGGAUUUCUGAGCCGCAGCCAUAAGUUUUGCAGCCUUCGCUUGGAUAGCAGUGAUGGUGCACAGUCACCCAUGAAAGACAAUCACUUCCAGCGACGUAUCAUUCUCAUUGAAGAAUUUCCAACCUUAUCAGGUCCAACUGCGUCUGUUCUCGCUGCUUUUCGGUUAUCUAUAUUACGAUAUAUCUCCAUGGAUGCACCACAUUUCCAAACUGGUUAUUAUAGCGGUGAAACUGGGAUACCACCAAUUGUCAUAAUUGUGUCCGAAUCAUAUUCAAACCCCGAGUCCUCGCUCGAAAACCUGACCGUUCACCGCCUGCUUGGUCGCGAAAUCUCAAACCAUCCGAGGACGAGUGUCAUCGAGUUUAAUAGCAUUGCGCCCACGUUCAUGUCCAAAGCGCUGAAGCUAGUUUUGAAAAAGAGCGCAUGUCAGCCCAUGGUUAACCAAACUUCAACGCAGCUAACAAUCAAUGCUAUCUCUAUGAUAGGUGAUAUUCGAAAUGCAAUCGCCUCCUUAGAGUUUUUUUGUCUCGGCACCGACAACCGAUGGUCCGGGGAGGUUCACAGCGCUACCAACAUCAAAGACGCGGGUAGAAGUCGCAAAAAUAUCCCCCCUGUCAACAGUGAGACACGAAUUUUAUCUCAAAGGGAAGCCGGUCUCGGUUUAUUCCACGCAGUUGGAAAAAUCAUUUACAAUAAACGAAACGGCGGCACUGAUACCGAGAAUCCACAAGACCCUGACCGGCCCGGUGUCUCUCAGGUGCAUGUUAAUGAGUUAUUAAAUGAAACUGGAACAGAUAUUCAAUCGUUCAUUAGUGCCCUCCAUGAGAACUAUGUGCCCUCUUGCAACGGACCGUCAUUCACUAGAUGUCUAGAUGACUGUAUACUAUCGCUGUCGGACAGUGAUGUGCUCUGCGUUGACCGAAGGGGCCUCAAUAGGCCCCAAUCUGGUUUUGGGACCAAUUUCGUCAAACCUGGGACUGGUGUUGACUUUCUACGACAAGAAGAAAUAAGCUAUCAAGUUGCUGUACGCGGUCUUCUCUUGUGUCUCCCGUAUCCUGUGAAAAGACAGGUUUCACAUACAGGCAGUGCGAGUCAUUCAAAUAACCCUCAUAAGCUAUCCUUUCCCCCUGUCAUCCAACUGACUCGUCAAUUCGAAGAAACGCGGAAUAUCAUAGAUUCGUGGGGAAACGCCCUGCUUAGUUCCACCGGACAGCUGAGUGCAGUCCUACUACUAGGCCACGCCGGGUCUACAUCGCACAGGUCUACUCGUGCAGAAGGGGUGGGAUUUCAGAACAAUGGCUCUGAAAUAUCGACGUCUGUCGCUGUUCCAAUCGCGCGCAAUGAUCUAAUACUUCAUCAGUUGCCCUAUAUGACGAUGAUCCUUGAAAAGGGUGUAGGGUCGAGGAGCGCCCAAAAAAUUACCAGCCCUGAAACCCGCGGCCCCAAGUACCGCCUGCAACAAGACGCGCAAUAUGCAUGGGGCUCAUCUGCUUCCGGUUUUCGAAAGCUCGGACGUGAAACUCAGAGUACCCAACUCGAACGGCAGGCACUAGCGGCUUCGCAAGCAGACGAUGGGCAGCUUUUUCUCGAGGACGACGACAUUGUAGAUGAUCCAUGA